AUGCUCUUUGCUCCCAUCAUCGCACUUGCUGCAAUCGCAUCUGCCGCUCCGACACGCUUGACCCAGCGCAGCUGUGAUCUCAAGAGUGCGGAUCACCGUCUGCAGCGCAAAGCGGGCGCUGACAUUGACACCCCUCUCCAGCGUCCGCAUCAACCACACUGCCACACCGCGCUCAUCACCACACCUGAAGUGGGACUGUCGUGUGGACUGGCUGUUGCCCAGGCGGAUGUCGACCCAUUCACGGAUGCGGGCUGCAUUCUCGCUGCUGUGCAGGACGCCGUCGCUCUGCCCGCCUCGUGCAGCGGCUGUCUCGCCUCGCUUGGGCUGGCGGGUGACAUCGAAAGUGUCAAGAGCAAGAUCGAGGGCAUCUUUUGAAUGUGGUGCAUGUAAUGUGUUAAUUUUGAUAACAACUUGGAAGAUCCGUACAACUUGGGUGAUGAAAGUCAGUGCAUUGUAACAAUCGCGAUGUUUUCCUCUGAUGGAAGCGGUCCAAUCUCGACGGACAAGCUGCCUGGUUUCUAGACAGGUGCUGAAGGAAAUCGCAGAACAGAUCAGAUCCUUUUCACAGCGAGCAGUAGGUAGACGAUACGAUAUCUAUAAUAAUAACUCCGUUGCGAAGGCGGUGAGUAAAAUGCGGGUGUAGUAUGAGUGAGUUGGUACAUGUAUGCGUGUCUAUCCAAUGGUAAGCGGCAAAAAGUAGAUGGUGGUAUGCAGAUCGAGCCAAAUCCGUCAGAUGCUACAAAUGAGCCACGCCAGCGCUCCCCGUCCGAUUACGCCCGAAAAUGGUCGCAAACUUUUUGUUGUGCGUGGGAGGGUGGCUCUGGGUCAUCGAGGACCGCGACUCCGAGUCGGACUCGACCGGCGGCGUCUCGGGCCGGUGUCUCCUGCCCAGCUUCCAUCGCCGCUGGCUGUCGGUGUCCGAGUCCUCCCCGGGCCCAUUCGUCACGGCCUUGCCUGCGAUCCACUUCGUCUUGGAGAUGAGUUCCCGGGCGACGGGCAGGACGGGGACCAGCGGCUGGUGGAAGGCCAUCUUGAGCCAGCCUUUCCAGCUCAUGUCCGAUGGGAUGAAUUGGUUCA